AUGGAGGAGGUGUCUAGGUUAAGAGUUCUUGUAGAUAACAUCUCCUCAUAUCUAAGUAUAUCAUCAACAGACAAGUUAUUUUCAAACCCAGCUCAUAAGUAUUACACCAGAGGAGAAGACAUUGCAAAGCUUCUUGUGCCUCUUCUUAACAAACUUCUUGGCUCUGAUGCGUCUCCUAGCGACUUGCUUAACAAAGGCUUUGAAGAGGUAUCUCAAUACGUUGAUGAGCUAAGAGAGCAGUUUGAGAGCUGGCAACCUCUUUCUAGUAGAAUCUUUUAUGUUCUUAAAAUUGAAUCAUUAGAAUCAAAGUUGCGGGAUUCCAGUUUGGAAGUCUUUAAGCUUCUCAAACAGUACUGUGAACAACAUUUACCUGCUGAUUUGGUUUCACCAUCUUUUGAGGAGUGCAUAGAGCUGGUGAAGUUAGUUGGAAAAGAGGAAGUUUCUUAUACUAUUGAUCUAGCUCUGAUAGAUCAAAGAGAAGGUGUUGAACUUACUCCAGAGGUUAUGGUGAAAAUUGCUGAGAGUGUUGGUUUGAAAUCCAACCAGGAGAUUCUCAUUGAAGGUGUGCUACUUGAAAACAUGAAGGAAGAUGGAGAGAACAACACUGAAGCUGAGUUUAUAGAGGGAUUGAUCUCUCUGAUAAUGCACAUGCAUGACUACCUUGCCAACAUAAAGCAAUCUCAGUUACCUUCUGACAUUUGCUGCCCACUAUCGCUUGAUCUUAUGACUGAUCCUGUCAUUGUAACAUCUGGACAAACAUACGAACGGGCUUUUAUCGAAAAAUGGUUUGAUAUGGGACUCAUGUUUUGCCCAAAGACAAGGCAGGCUUUGUCUCAGACCACUUUGACACCUAACUUCACUGUCAAGGCACUCAUUGCCAACUGGUGUGAAUCAUACAAUGUCAAUCCUCCUGAUCCAUUGGAGUUGCUUCACUCAAGUCAGCCUUUCCCUCUUCUUGUUGAAUCAGGUGGUUCAUCAUCAGAGAAUGACCAUAAAGAAUCUACCAAAUGCGAGGAGCUGCGUCAGGUCUUAACUAGGUCUGCUUCUGCACCAGGCAUUGUCUCUAAACUUGUUUCCAAAACCAAAAGAAGCACUGUUCGUGACCCCUGGAUCAUCCCAGCGACCAUAAAAGAAGCUGGAAGCAGUUCAAGUAUGGAAGCAGAGGUGAAGAAACUGAUUCAGGAUCUUGAGAGUUCUUCUUCUUUAGAUGCACAAAGAGAGGCCACAGCUCAGAUCAGGAUGCUAUCAAAAGAGAGUACAGACCAUCGUCCUGUGUUUGUCAAGUGUGGAGCAAUCACUUCGUUAGUCACUAUGCUUUACUCCACAGACAAGAGGAUCCAAGCGGACGCUGCAACUUCCUUGCUCAACUUAUCCCUCAACACCAACAGCAACAACAAAUAUGUCAUCACAAAUAGUAAAGCUAUAGAGCCGUUCAUUCACGUUCUCAAAACAGGAAGCCUAGAAGCCAAAGCCAACGUAGCAGUAACACUAGUAAGCUUGUCUGGAACCCAAGAGAACAAGGCAAAGAUAGUAGAAGCCGGAGCUAUUGAGCCACUAGUUGAGCUAAUGGGAAAUGGAAGUCACGGAGCCAAGAAAGACGCAGCCACUGCUCUAUUCAACCUCACGCAACGCUAUAGGGAGAAAGAGAAAGUAAUCAAAGCUGGAGGAGUUAGGUACUUGGUUAGGAUGAUGGAUCCUGCAGGUGGACUGGUGGAGAGAGCUGUGGUUGUGUUGGCUAAUCUUGCAAACAUACAAGAAGCAAAGAAAGCGAUUAGAGAUGAAGGAGGGAUACCACUAUUGGUGGAGGUUGUGGAGUUGGGUUCACCAAGAGGCAAAGAGAAUGCAGCUGCAGCACUUUGCCUGCUUUGUAUGGAUAGUUCAAGAUUCUGCAACACUGUCAUAAGAGAAGGAGCUAUUCCACCUCUUGUGGCUCUUACUAGAUCAGGAACAGCUAGAGCCAAAGAGAAGGCAAAGAGUCUUCUAAAGUACUUUGAAGCCCAUAAACAAGAGAACCAGACGAGAGGCUAA